AUGAGGAACCAUCGAAUCUCCAUGAAAGUCAAAAAUCAGUCACCAUACUGUCUCGUUCCAAAUGGGCAGUACGCCUACUGGGGAGAGAAUUGUUCGGGCCCUUCACCGGUCAAUACCUCCAGCGAAGACUCAGGAGGAGUCUUUAGAGCUCAGGCAGCCCCUUGGGUUGGGUGUGCUGGUGUUAGUGGAUACAAUCUGAGCAGGAACGACAAGGACACUCCUGAUGUGUGGAUUAUCCUGAUGGGAAGCAAUCCUGACUUUACCCAAGAAGACAACCGGGCCGGAGUGCUCAUGCAAAGCCUCCCUAUCUCGCCAGACAAGAAUGCAUACAAGAGGCUCUAUGAUGGUAACACUACCUCCGUUUCCCUCCCGUUUGACCACGGCAUCUUUACUGUGAGUUAA